CGGCCGCGCUCUGGCCGGUGGCCGUUAGUUAGGCUACUUGAGGCCGUUCCUCAGGCCUCUCUCUCCCGGGCCGCGGGGAGGCUGUCUCCCUGCCGUCACGGCGGGCCCCAUCCCAGCGCCCAGCCUUACUUGCGGGGAAGAGGCCGUUGGGAUUCCGGGCUUUCCCGCCAGAGCGGGGUCUUGUCUCUGAGGAGAGCUUUUUCCACCUGGGAGCUCAGCUUUCUGUUACACCUGCUUCACCUCCCGCCUUCCUUGAGAUCUGAGCGAUAUUUCUCGACUACUGCGUCUCACGUAAACAUCUCUCCAACUCUUUCACUCUGUGGUCUCUCCCUGAGAUGCGAUAUCGCUAGUGCCACCGCCAGAAAGAACCGUCCGGACCCUCCUGCCCAGGUUAUGAGAAUCCCCCUAACUGCCACAGUUUGCUUACCUGGCUCAUCGCCUCCGGGACUUUGUGUCUUUGCUAAAGUCAGUGAUGUGAAAAGACUUGACAUGGAUGAUAUUGCUGCCAGGGUAAGGAUGGAUGCUGGAGAAGUAACUUUAGUGAACCACAGCACCAUAUUCAAAACUCACCUCCUGCCACAAACAGGUUUUCCAGAGGACCAGCUUUCGCUUUCUGACCAGCAGAUUUUACCUUCCAGGCAAGGAAAUUUGGACCGAUCUUUUACAUGUUCCACAAGAAGUGCAGCUUGUAAUCCAAAUUACUACUCAGACAACUCUUCCCCAGACAGUUUUCUUGGCUCAGGCGACUUAAGAACCUUUGGCCAGAGUGUAAAUGGUCAGUGGAGAAAUUCCACUCCAACAUCAAGCUCAACUUUACAAAAAUCAAGAAACAGCCGAAGUCUUUACCUCGAAACACGAAAGUCCUCAAGUGGAUUAUUAAACACUUUUACGGGAAAGUCAAACCAUCACUGCCAUGUAUCUGCAUAUGAAAAAUCUUUUCCUAUUAAGCCUGUUCCAAGUCCAUCUUGGAGUGGUUCAUGUCGUCGAAGCCUUUUGAGCCCCAAGAAAAUUCAGAGGCGACAUGUUAGUACAGCAGAAGAGACUGUUCAAGAAGAAGAAAGAGAGAUUUACAGACAGCUGCUACAGAUGGUCACAGGGAAACAGUUUUCUGUAGCCAAACCCACCACACAUUUUCCCUUACACCUGUCUCGAUGUCUUAGUUCCAGUAAAAAUACUUUGAAAGAUUCACUGUUUAGAAAUGGAAACUCUUAUGCAUCUCAGAUUAUUGGCUCUGAUACUUCAUCAUCUGGAUCUGCCAGCAUUUUAACUACCCAGGAACAGCCAUCCCACAGUGUAUAUCCCCUAUCGUCUUAUACCCCAGAUGUUGCAUUUGGAUCCAAAGAUUCUGAUUCUCCCCAUCAACCUCACCAUCACCACUCUCUUCCACAUCAGCCAGAUAACUUCCCAGCUUCAAAUAUACAAUCUGAAGGAUCAGACUCUGUGAUUUUACUGAAAGUGAAAGAUUCCCAGACUCCAACUCCCAGUCCUACUUUCUUCCAGGCAGAGCUGUGGAUCAAAGAAUUAACUAGUGUUUAUGAUUCUCGAGCACGGGAAAGAUUGCGCCAGAUUGAAGAGCAAAAAGCACUAGCAUUGCAACUUCAAAACCAGAGAUUGCAGGAACAGGAACAUUCAGUACAUGAUUCAGUAGAACUGCAUCUUCGUGUACCUCUUGAAAAGGAGAUCCCUGUCACAAUCACCCAAGAAACAGAAAAAAAAAGUCAUAAGUUAACUGAUAGUGAAGAUGAGUUUCCUGAAAUUACAGAGGAGAUGGAGAAAGAAAUAAAGAAUGUAUUUCGUAAUGGGAACCAGGAUGAGGUUCUUAGUGAAGCAUUCCGCUUGACCAUUACACGCAAAGAUAUUCAAACUCUAAAUCAUCUGAAUUGGCUCAACGAUGAGAUCAUCAAUUUCUAUAUGAACAUGCUGAUGGAGCGAAGUAAAGAGAAAGGAUUGCCAAGUGUGCAUGCAUUUAAUACCUUUUUCUUCACUAAGUUAAAAACGGCUGGUUAUCAGGCAGUGAAACGUUGGACAAAGAAAGUAGAUGUAUUUUCUGUUGACAUUCUUUUGGUGCCCAUUCACCUGGGAGUACACUGGUGUCUAGCUGUUGUGGACUUUAGAAAGAAGAAUAUUACCUAUUAUGACUCUAUGGGUGGGAUAAACAAUGAAGCCUGCAGGAUCCUCUUGCAAUACCUAAAGCAAGAAAGCAUUGACAAGAAAAGGAAAGAGUUCGACACCAAUGGCUGGCAGCUCUUCAGCAAGAAAAGCCAGGAAAUUCCACAGCAGAUGAAUGGAAGUGACUGUGGGAUGUUUGCCUGCAAAUAUGCUGACUGUAUUACCAAAGACAGACCAAUCAACUUCACACAGCAACACAUGCCAUACUUUCGGAAGCGGAUGGUCUGGGAGAUCCUCCACCGAAAGCUCUUGUGAAGACUGUCUCAGCAGACAUUGACCUUUUGGCAGACCAGCUCUUUGUUGUCUACAAGCCGGAGACCUUGGAAACAGCUGCUCCCAGCCCUCUGUUCUUAUAAACAGCCUUGAUCCUGGACCAGGCCCUGGCGAGAUGCAUUCACAAGCACAUCUGCCUUUCCUUUUGUAUCUCAGAUACUAUUUUUGCAAAGAAACUUUGGUGCUGUGAAAGGGGUGAGGGUCAUCCCUAAGCUGAAGAGAGAGACUGCUUUUCACUUCUUCAGUUCUGCCAUCUUGUUUUCAAAGGGCUCCAGCCUCACUCGGUCCCUAACUAGGGAACUGAGAAAGCUUGGAAAGAAUCUUGGUUUCAUAUGAACUCUUGUGGUUAGGCCUUACUAAGAAGUAGGAAAGGGCAUGGGCAAAACACUUGGGGUAAAAACCACCAGCAUAUACGUGCACAUACGCAUACAUGAUUUUCAAGAUGUGUUGUCAGGAAUGUGACUGUAAACUGGACUUUGGGGCGCACGCAUAAGCCCCCUCCUCCAGGACUUUUCCUAUUUAUAUGUCCCUAUAUGUCACCCAUCUGCUUCUAUACAAGGCUAUUUUAUCUUAUAGCUUCAUUCCAUCCUGAGGCACAGCACAUGAGCCCUGGACAGACCUCAAAGUUCCAAGCAGUCCUUUUCUUAAAAGCAGGUGUUUGCAUGUGCUAACAACACAUGAUAUGGGGAUGACCCACCCAGGGAGCGGUCCAGUGGAGCAACAAGCACCACUUUAACUGUUGCCUACUGACCAAGAAGAAGGACCUUAGUCUUUAGCAUAAAAUUCCAGUGUUGGAUGAAUGCAGGUCUAGUUUGGUCUGUGGCUAGUUAGUUUAAAUAUAUUUCUAACCACAGAGAAUUUCAUAUAUAUAUAUAUAUAUAUAUAUAUAUAUAUGUAUAUAUAUAUAUA